AUGGUACAUUCUCAGAUGCUGGAUCCCACCUAUAAAUUUGGGAUCACAUCACGUGAGAUGAGAUCCUCAGGUGAAAAGGGCAGCUACAGAGGAACAGUCCUGUUUGGAGAUGGGCCCAAGCUGAAUUCUGGCGGCAGAGGUACAAUCAGAUCAGCUGUGAACAGCUUACAUAGCAAAUCUAAUAGAGCUGAAGUAGUAAUAAAUGGCUCUUCAUCUCCAGCUGUUGUUGACAGAAGUAAUGAAAGCAUUAAGCACAACAUUACACCAGCUUCAUUCAGAUGGAGACACAACCAGACACUCGCUUUGAAGAUCAGGAAACAGAUCUUGAAGUUCCUGGAUGCCGAGAAGGAUAUCUCGGUGCUGAAGGGGACCCUGAAGCCCGGGGACGUCAUCCACUAUGUCUUUGACAGGGACAGCACCAUGAACGUCUCACAGAACCUGUACGAGCUGCUGCCAAGGACACCGCCCCUGAAGGGCAAGCACUUCCGGACCUGCGCCAUCGUGGGCAGCUCGGGGAUCCUGCUGAGCAGCGGCUGUGGGAAGGAGAUUGACGCUCAUAACUUCGUGAUCAGGUGUAAUCUGGCCCCUGUCCAGGAAUAUGCCUGGGACGUGGGGACGAAGACAGACCUUGUGACCAUGAACCCUUCGGUCAUCCAGCGGGCUUUCGAGGACCUGGUGAACGAGACCUGGCGGGAGAAGCUGCUGCAGCGUCUCCACAGCCUCAACGGCAGCAUCCUCUGGAUCCCAGCGUUCAUGGCCAAGGGGGGCAAGGAGCGCGUGGAGUGGGUGAACGAGCUCAUCCUCAAGCACCGCAUUGACGUCCGCACCGCCUACCCCUCUCUGCGCCUGCUCCAUGCCGUCCGAGGGUACUGGCUCACAAAUAAAGUGCACAUAAAACGACCCACCACUGGCCUGCUCAUGUACACGUUGGCCACCCGAUUCUGCAACCGGAUUUAUCUCUAUGGCUUCUGGCCUUUUCCUCGCGAUCAGAACCAGAACCCUGUCAAAUAUCACUACUAUGACAGCCUGAAGUACGGCUAUACCUCCCAGGCAAGCCCUCACACCAUGCCCUUGGAGUUCAAAGCCCUAAAGACGCUGCACCAGCAAGGCGCCUUGAAACUGACUGUUGGAGAGUGUGAUGGGGCCACGUAAGAUAGGCGUCUGUGGCUCACGUUCCUGCAGGCGACACACCACGGGAGAACGAGGGAGCGGGAGAAAAGGAUGAGCAGUGGCUAGUAGGGUUGGUUUUCUUUGUUAACGUGCAGAACCGUGACACAAAUAUAUAUACAUGGUGCCUAUAUAUAUUGACCUGAGUAUUAUAGUGUGUGGUGUUUACCAAGGGAAGGAGAGACGAGUUGCAGAAAAGGCUGAAGCUGCCAUCCAUGCUCGAGGCUUUGCCUUGGGCUGGUGAGCCUCAGGAGGAAGUUAGUUCUACGACGUCAACAAUGUUUGAAGGUCACCUUGGUUUUUCAGAGUACUUUAGGGUGACGGGUAAAUGUUAGCCCACGUGUGUAACUGGUCCAAGGUGGGUAGUUAGGGUCUGUGUGGCCAAGAACCCGGGUGCUGGCGCUUCCCAGUGUAUAGUGUUCUUGGCUUAGUGCUAAUAAUGGGGUUGAGGGGGGAGUGGGGAGGGAAUCUUUCUUUGGAGCUAAACAGCUGAGAGGUUGCCUGAGUGACUGGACAAGAACUUAGAAAUGCAGCAGGACCCCGCAGAUCACCGCAAUCCCUUCCCUGCAUCCGAGCUGCCUUACUGCCUCCCGGCACGUAGCAUCGUCCAGGUGGUCACCGGUCCAGAUCGAUCCCAGGUGGUUUGGCGAGAAGAACAGCCACUGUCAGAGUAGCCUGUUUGGAAAGGCCACUGGACUCCAGACAGAGACCUUGAGCUGCAGUGUGAGAUUCGCCUAGGAUGUGACUGUGACUCCAGGAGAUACCGGAGGGAGCUCUCAAAGGCAGGCUGAUUGUAAUGAGGCUGUCAGUGGAGACACAGGGCCUUCUGGGAGACCACAGAGGGGCUAGCAAAGAUCAGACUGGGCUGACAGUCUCAGAAGGAUGCUGUGUUUAUGUUUUUUUAUUCCUCUCCUUGAGAACUAACAGAAAAAGCAAAAACACUGGAAUGUAGCAGGUGGGCUGUUGCCGAUCAGCACAGUCAGUGCUAAUGCUUUGCCAGAGACAAAGGGACUAAGCAUCUACCAGAACUCUUGAAAACCAUAAGCACAUUGUUAACUCCCAAUUCCCAAUCACUACCUGUUAAACAGCCCAUUCUUCUCCCCACUCCAAAAUUAGUAAUGGGCCUAAGUAUCAGCUAAGCAGAAAAAUCAAAAGUGAGGAUUUAAGGGACCCUGUCAAGAUUAAAUCAUACGGGUAACAUUCACCUCUGCGCAGAAAACCAUCAUGAGGCCAGUGCACUGUUUAAGACUCUGAUAGUCCUUCUCUGGAAGACUUAAACAGGACAACAAUGACCCUUAAGUAAGGAUGUUAGAUGGAGAUUAAUUACGUGGUGUCCAACCAGUUCUGAAGCAGUAGCCACUAUAGUAGCUACUACUAUAGCCGACUAGCCACACUCACCCAGCCAAAUAGCCACAUGUGGCUGGCAUGUUGGACACCACGGGAUUAAUUGAACAAUCAUGUAACCGCAUCAAAUAUUACCAGUUGCACGACUGUUGGCUCUUCCCCGCGGGCAGGGCCGGCAGCCAGUGCACUCCCGGCUGCACUCCCAGGGAACCCCUAGUCAUCCUCCAAUGCUGCCUCUGUAUCAAAGGCAGUGGCAUGCGGUGGCAGGGGUCCACAGACUGGCGCCUGCCUGCUGCUCUACGCUGCUGCCUCUGGUACAGAGGCAGCAGUACAGGGCAGUAGCAGCCCCUGCAGACAGAGGCUGUGCCAGCAUCCCACAGAGCAACCUUCCCUGACCCCCACUGCGCUGCUGCCUCUGAGAGAUGCAGCAGUGGGGGAUGCAUGUGAUCGAUAAGAUUAACUGAUGAGAUCAGGCUUAUCGGCUAAUCGGUAUUCAUCUAAACUAUGACAACCCUAGUACAAAGAUGUCAAGCUGGCCCUCCACAUAGGGGUGAAUUUUACACAUAGUUUAAAUACAUCAGUCCCUUUCCCAGCAUUGCUAUUCUUAUUUACAAUAAGAGUGAAGUUGUUCCUAAAAAACAAAUUUGGUCUUCGCUUUGCCAGGGAAACUAGAUUGAUCGGGUUAGUCAAUUUCACUGCCAGUUUCUAUUUCAGUUUGAUUUCCUAAUCUCAUUUGUCAGCAGAAUGCAGUUGGGUUUGGAUUAGAAAAGAGUGCAAAAGGUUUAACUUAAACAAAACCUGCAAGAAAUGGCUUUACAGAAUUUUGUUUAUAACCAUGAAAAGUUCCUUUUGUAUUCAUUUUUUUUUUAAUUGACAUGAUGCCUACAUUGUGGGGUUAAACUACAUGCUAUCCCUUUGAUAUCAUCUUUAUUAAUGACCUGGAUGGAUUGCACCCCCAGAAAAUUUGUGGAUGACACUAAGAUAGGGGUAGAGGUAGAUACGUUGGAGGCAGGGAUA